GGACAGUGUGUGUGAACUCGGGAGGGGAAGCGCCGCGCUGUUAAAACUCCAGGAUUUACACUCUGCCAUUUUGAGGAAAACCGGCCGACAUCAGCGUUCAGCCGCGUCCGUGAAACACAAGUCAUGACCCGGAUUAGUGAACUACCUCUGUGAACCUAAGAGAAGGCCUCUGCAGUGGGGGACAGACAGACACCCAACAAAGGAAUUCUUGUUUUUGAACCGGUCAUUAGUCCUCUUCAGCCAUGUGUUCCACAAAUCACUCAAACUGGGUCACAUUUGAAGAUGACAACACACCGCUCUCGUCGCCUCAGAAGCCCCUACAGUCACCAGGGCUUAUCAAAGCAUCCGUACCACGUCCAAAUGGUCUGAAAUUAGUGCUUCCUCCGAUCAGAGAUACUUCCUGGAGCUUCAGUAGUUCGCUGGAAUCCCCUCAAAGCCACUCGAGUCUUAGUGGAAGUUCCUGUGUACCAUGUAGCACGCCUUUUUGCACUCCUGUGAGUGGGGCUCCUAGCAGUGCUUCCCCAUUUCACGCCAACACCUGGGAAAAGAACGACUUCUUCCGGAGUUUCUCCAGCACGUCGACCACCUCUGUUCCCUCUCCUGCACCAGAGGCACUGAAUCAAACCUCAGAUGGACCAAGCCCUUUCCCUUCUUUCCGGGGGAACUCAGGACACUAUAACCCCUUUUGGGAUGGAUCUAGACACAGCGCAGAUGUGGACAGCUCCUCCUCGGACUCAGAAUCUGACAACAGCCUACCACGUUUCUUUAUUCGGACCAAAGACGGCAGUGAGCCUCCCCGCGACCACCUCCAGAGCUCCUUUUCCUACGUUUGCAACAAACUGGAAGGACUACGAGCAGAGACGGACCACGACACAGAGACAGAAAAAGAUGCAGAGAGGCGGCUGAGUUGCAAAAAUGAGGUGUUAAGCGAGUCUCCAUCUGAGUUCGUUCCUCGGGGUCUGUUCCGUAGUCAGAAGAGAGACGGCUGGCCUGUCAUGCUCAGGAUUCCCGAAAAAAAGAACCGCAUGUCCUCUCGACAGUGGGGGCCGAUCUAUCUCCGCUUGUUGCCGGGAGGCGUGCUGCAGAUGUACUAUGAGAAAGGGCUGGAGAAGCCAUACAAGGAGUUCCAGCUUCUCCCUCAAUGUAGGAUCUCAGAUCUCAAACUGGAAAGCUACGGCGAGCACCGCAAGGUCCUCACGUUCAAGGUGGAACAUUUCUCGUACACAGAAAAGAAACGCUACCACCCUAAGUUGGAGGUUAGUCAUGAGGCGGAGGUAGAGCAGCUGCUCAAAUUUGGCUCAACAGUGCAUGACGACAUGGAGGACCUGGUAGUCUCCAUGGAAGAGGAAAUCUUCAAACUGUGUGUGCCUCACCAGCCGAGGCGGCACUACGAGGAGCAAGAGCUGUCGUUGCAGAUCACGGACCACAUCUGGGUACAACUGGCUAAGUGUGGAAGAGUCAUGGAGCGGACAUCCUUUACCCAGAUUCACUGUCUGGCCUUUCUGAACGGAUUAGGCGAUUGCUUUCUUGCCCUUAAUGAUCUCGGGCUGCUGCGCUUUGACGCCAGCUACGGGUCUGACGAGGGCAGUGAACUCUGGAUGGAGAUCGCCGACUACCAUUUUCACAAAUGUGUGAACCAGACGGAGUUUCAGAGGUCCCGGCUGAUAAAGUUCUCACCUCCCGAGGCCUGCAGGGUUGAGCUGAUGCGGUACAAAACAGCAUUUUUGGGAUGCACAGACAUUCCCUUCUCAAUUAAAGCCGUGGUCACAGUUCAAGGUGCCUAUGUGGAGCUCCAGGCCUUUCUUAACAUGUCGGCCACCUUCCUCUCCUCCAUGUCUGACGCGUAUCCACUGUGUGAGAAUGUGGUGAUCCGUGUGCCGGUGCCGGGCGACUGGGUCAAAGUGACGCAGACGGUGGCCCUGCUGCGACAGAGGUCACUGAAGGCCCGUAUGAACAGAAACGCCUGCUUGGGUUAUGUCAGCGCUGCAGACUCACAGCCUGUCAUGCAGGUGACAGUCGGCACUGUCAAGUAUGAGAAUGUAUACUCGGCCAUCGUGUGGAGGAUCGACAGACUGCCAGCAAAGAACACGGCAGUGGAUCAUCCCCAUUCGUUUUCCUGCAAGCUAGAGCUGGGAUCCGAUCAGGAGAUCCCAAAUGACUGGUACCCUUUCGUCACGAUGGAAUGUGAAAUUAUGGGCGCAGUUGUGUCACAGACGAGGGUGAAGUCACUGGGCACUACGAAUGACAUCCAGCCACAGAAACAUGUGACCAGUUGGACACGUUAUCAUUGUCAGGCCAAACUCUACUUCUCCAUAAUUGAUGAUGUGAUUGAGAGUAUGAGGGAACUCUUCCUGGAUGAAGGCCUUGAGGACCGAGUCCUGGAUGAUUUAAGACAUCUCUGGGAGUCAAAGAUGAUGCAGUCAAAAGCAAUGGAAGACUUCAGGAAAAACAACAUCAACUCAUCCAAUUUUGUGCUCCAGCUCCCUGCCAGCUACAGCCAGACUGAUCAAGAGGUCACAGGCCAGCUUUACAAGGUCAACGUUCCUGUCGUGGUUACUCAGGCCGCGGCAGGUCAGCAACCUGUGUCCCAACCCGCCCACAAAGUCACUGAGUGGAGAGAAGCUCCUGCCCCCCAGCCAGCUGCAGUCCCACCAAACACCACCCGUCCCCAGGAGGUGGAACCAUCCCCUGCUCCGGCUACUUCGGCCACACAGCCUCCACAUCAAAAGACCAAUUCACCCCCCGGCGAGGAGAGCAGCCUCCCCCAUCCGCCGCGAGUUCCUGCUGCGGAGACUUCGCAGCUCCAGGGGGUCCACUCUCCGGAGCCGGAGGUCAGGCUGGAAGAGAGCGAGCCGAGUCCGAGAGCUGAGCCCGUGAACCUCAGUGUGACCCCCUCCACCCUCAGUCAGCUAUUAGACCUCCAGGCCGGCACCGAGGAGGCUUUGACACAGGCGGCACAAUUAAAGAGCAGAGACGUUGACGACAUCCUGAAAGAAGUGAUUGAGGAGGAGAGAGAGAAAGCAGGAAGGCUGGACCUGGACUACAACUACAGUGAACUGUCAGACAUCGUUCAGCUGGACGGCCCGGCGGACAACUCUGACGUGGAGGAGGAAGAGGGUGUCCCCCUGGAAGAGAAUGACUUUCUGGGUAUAAUCAACGCGGAGGCCAUAAAAGCCCUGGAAGAAGGAGAUGGAAGCAGCGACGGUAACAGCAUCUCCUCCAGCAGCGACAGCGAGGGAGUGGAUGAACUCGCUGAUGUAGAGGAAGAGGAUCCUCUGAAUUCAGGCGAUGAUGUGAUUGAGCAGGACAUCCCGGAUCUCUUCGACACCGACAAUGUAAUCGUUUGUCAGUAUGACAAAAUUCACCGCAGUAAGAACCGCUGGAAGUUUCAUUUGAAAGACGGAGUGAUGUGUUAUGGGGGCAGGGACUACGUGUUCUCUAAAGCUGUUGGGGAAGCUGAGUGGUAA